AGUUGAUGUUAUUGCUUAUGGAGGUUAUGUUUUAUGUCAAAAAUUAUUAAAAUUAAAAGAAUCAAAAUGUUCUCAUUUAAAAGUUCGCAUAUCAAUUCGAGAAAAAUACUUAUUAUAACGUCAUUUUUAAAAUAUAAUAUUGGUGUCCAUACUUCAUGUUCUGUUAACGGGCACGGACAAGUUGUGAAAACAAUGAAAAAAGUCUUGGGGAAUAAUUUAAAGAAAAAAAGAAUGUAUUUUCAGGAAGCUGUUGCAAGUCCAGCAAAUACUUUUUCAAAAGUACCUCUCGGAAACACAUGUAUAAAUCCAAGAAGAGCUGUAGUUUUAAAUAAGCUGUUCAUGAGAAAUGUUACAGAUGUAAUGUCUUCUGGAGAAUGUGCUGCUUUGAUAGUGGGAUUGGGAGUAGAAAUAAAUAAAGUGAAAAUAACUCAUGACUAUAAAAUUUUAAAAGUGUACUGGACUGCUACAACCACAAAUCUAGAAGUGGUUGAGGAAAAAUUACACAAAUGUGCUGGUUUAUUGAGACAUGAACUUUCAGCUCUAAGACUGAUGGGACAAGUUCCUUUAAUUAAAUUUGUAAAAGACAAAACUUUUAUAAUUCUUGCUGAAUUGGACAAAAGGCUUUCUAUAGCAGAUUACGGAGAAGAAGGGCCAAGCAAUAUUGAUCCAGCAGCCCAUUUAAUGUCAGAAUUUGAACUUGUUCUUCCUAUUGAAAAAAAUCUUAAGGAAAAACUAGCCAAAUUGGAAGAACAAAAUCCGUGGGAAAUCGAGGAAUCACAAUCGAUUCAAUUAUCUCCAAUGACUCAUUGUGUUUUUGAUUUAGAUCAUGAGGCAAUAAUGAACAGAAUAAAACAAGCUGGUACAAAGACCAGAUAUAACACAAAUAUAACAAAAGAUGAACAAUGGGCUAAUUUUAAGUUAAAUCAAUAUUCUAACACAGAUCCUCUAGUACUUGGUAAUGCAAAACUACAAAGGGAGGCUUUUAACAAAUUUUUACAACAACGGCAAGUUUUAAGAAUGAAAGAAGUCAAAAUAAGCAAAGAAGAUGAUCUUGAUUUUGUUGAUAUUAAAGAACAAGGUUAUGAACUAAAAAGUACUCAUUAUGAAAAUACUGAGGAUGAUUUCAUUGUGGAAGAUAUUGAUGAGAAUAAUAUUAAGUAAGAACAAAACUGUUCUUAAAAUUAUUUAGUAGACUAAAAUUAUUUGGUAUAUGUGAGGAAUACCAGGAUGUUAUAAACUAACAAGGCUGUGAAAUAUUUGUUUGUAACAUAGAGACUCAAUUGAAAUAAAUGUAAAGCAAAAUCUAUAACUGUUAUUUUAAUUUUUGAGAAUAGCAGCUGAGUAGUGUCAUGUAGGAUUGACUCAAGAUUUAAAACGAUCUAAUUCUCAAAGCACCUUUAAAUUUACCCACAUGUAAAACUUUAUUUAUAAUGAAUGUUUAAUAAAGUUGAGCGAUAUUUCAUUCA